UCAAUUUUUCGCAUAUCACCUCCUCUACAGACCCCGCGAUCUUUGUCUGCUUAUUACGUCGAUGUGAUUCAAUAAUACAAUACAACAAGUAACAACCGUGACCGCCGAACCGAUCAGUCUGCGGCAAGUUGUGAAUUCAUUAUCAUCGAUGUUAUGAGUCAUUGCUAUUUGAAGUGUCUGAACUAAAAUUGAAGAACGCAUUUUUAUACUUUUCUACAAUCCGUCGCGAUUUGCGUCACUGUCUGAAACCCAUUUUCUCGCAUCAGUCUUAUAUUUAUAUUUUAUACAGAUCGAAUAAUUCUACGAAUUAUUUAAACCAUAUACAUUGACCUUUCGAUUGACUUGCAAAUUUCUUGAGUGGAUUUGUACCUACAACAAUGGGAGAAGCCGGUGAGGAAGUCCAAUUAUAUGUUUACGAUUUAACUGGUGGUAUGGCCAAAUCCCUGGGUCAGUCAUUAUUGCAAAAAAAUAUUGAAGGUAUUUGGCACACUGCAAUAAUAGUAUUCGGUAAAGAGUAUUUUUUUGGCUCCAAUGGGAUAUCAGUAUGCGAUCCAGGCACCACAGCCUUGGGAAAUCCGCUACGUACCCAUAGUUUGGGAAAGACGUGUUUGCCGCAAGACGUGUUCCAAGAAUAUUUGCGUGGUCUAGAACAGGAUACAUUCUCCGCAGACAAGUAUAAUUUAUUACGACACAAUUGUAAUAAUUUUUCCAACGAGAUUAGUCAGUUUUUAUGCGGAAAUACAAUUCCUAGCUACAUUUUAGACUUACCAAACGAAAUACUUAACACUCCAUUUGGUCAACAACUGGCACCACUUUUAGAGUUAUUCUCCAACAAUAUUGGUAUACAUCCGGGCGUAACGAGGUCUGCUUCCGAUUUUGAAUCUCUUAACAACGAUAUCGAUUCUGCCAGAAAACAAUCAGCGUUAUUAGAAGAAAAACGCAAUAAGCUUAACGAGAAACUAGAAAAAAGAGAUAAAAGAAAGAAGAAAAAGAAGAACAAGAACAAAAACUUGAGCGAUCAGUUUUGUACGGAUUCCGAACCCAGUUCCAGCAGGUACGGCGAUAAUCGCAAAAAAAUGUCUGAAAACGGGACGAAUGGAGUAAAUGCUGAGAACGAAGUUCUCCGGCCUGCAGCUGUAGUUGAUGACAAUGACGCGGAAGACUUGGCAAGGAAGGAGCUUGAGUUACAGCGUAAAGCACGUGACCCGCCUAUAGUGUUCCUGGAUACCAUAAACGUACAAAAUGAAUUGGAACGAUUAGUUGGUUUGAUCGAUGGCCGCAUAAAUCCGGACGACAUGCAGUAUGUCGCCGAACUCGAUCAGUAUAUGUUGGAGAACGAAGGCUCUUGGGCUCUGGGCGAAGGUUUCCUAUCGUUUGUUGGUAGAUUAUUAAACGACAGUCAGCUAGUUUCAGAGGUGCGCGAGACGAUAUUGAACAUUUUGGCCGCUGGUGCACUCAAAGACGAUAUUAUUUUAGUGUUGCACCAAGACAGAAGGGAGCACAUACUUAUGAAUUACGCUAAUGGAUUUGAUAAACUUCCUCUGCUUGAACAGCUAGCUCUCACUUUAUUUAUGUGCAAUUUGUUUGAGAAUAGCAGCACUUCUGAAUGGCUUUUAUACAUAUCUGAAUGGCAGUUGGGUUCCAGUUCGGUGAGCAACAUACGUGUGACAACUAAGGUGGCGGUGAAUUCGUUAUUGUCAGAAGACAAGGUUCUGCAAGACCGAGGUACAGCCUUGGUGCACAACUUGGCCUGCAAGGAGAAAAUGUUAAAAAACCAAAACAUUCGAAGACUGUUACCCGUGGGAUCGUUUUUUAAGGUGUUCGAUGAUGUAGUUGUGGAACUUGCUAUGGCUGUUUUACAGUAUUUCAACAGCAAACCCAAUGAAGAGCAUAGUUUUAGAUGUAUGAAGUCCUUGGCCAGAUUUUGUCAAAUAUCUAGGCAAGACGUACCACAGUUGGUACAAAUGAUUGGGCCUCCACCAUCUGCUUUCAAAGGCAUAUCAAAUAGAAUUGACGAACAAAUUACUGAAAUUCAAAAUUAUCUGCGUUGAGAAAAAAAUGUAAAUAAAUUAUACCGAUAAAAGCAUUUUUUAUGAUAAUUUUUUAACUCUAAUAUGAUAU